AUGGGUAAGGAAAAGGUUCACAUCAACAUUGUGGUUAUUGGCCAUGUCGACUCUGGGAAGUCAACCACAACCGGUCACUUGAUCUACAAGCUUGGUGGCAUUGACAAGCGUGUGAUUGAGAGGUUUGAGAAGGAGGCUGCUGAGAUGAACAAGAGGUCAUUCAAGUACGCCUGGGUGCUCGACAAGCUCAAGGCCGAGCGUGAGCGUGGCAUCACCAUUGAUAUUGCUCUCUGGAAAUUCGAGACCACCAAGUACUACUGCACUGAUGGUCAGACGCGUGAGCAUGCUUUGCUUGCUUUUACUCUUGGAGUCAAGCAAAUGAUAUGCUGUUGCAACAAGAUGGAUGCCACCACACCCAAAUACUCCAAGGCUAGGUAUGACGAAAUUGUCAAGGAAGUGUCUUCUUAUCUCAAGAAGGUUGGGUACAAUCCCGACAAAAUCCCUUUCGUGCCCAUUUCUGGAUUUGAAGGUGACAACAUGAUUGAGAGAUCCACUAACCUGGACUGGUACAAGGGUCCGACCCUCUUGGAGGCUCUUGACUUGAUUAAUGAGCCCAAGAGGCCAUCAGACAAGCCUCUCCGUCUUCCCCUUCAGGAUGUCUACAAGAUUGGUGGUAUUGGAACUGUCCCAGUUGGUCGUGUAGAGACAGGUAUCCUCAAGCCUGGUAUGGUGGUGACUUUUGGCCCCUCUGGUCUGACCACUGAAGUUAAGUCUGUUGAGAUGCACCACGAGGCAAUGCAGGAGGCUCUCCCAGGAGAUAAUGUUGGGUUUAACGUGAAGAAUGUUGCUGUUAAGGAUCUCAAGCGUGGUUAUGUUGCCUCGAACUCAAAGGACGAUCCAGCUAAGGAAGCUGCCAACUUCACCUCUCAGAAUAUGAUAUCUUGUUCUGGAGCUAUUGAACUCUACCUUGAUGAAAUUUGUUGUGAGAACUUUGUUUUCGUAAUUCAAAUUACUAUGCUAGACUGUUUCUUUCUCUUGUACUGUAUACUGCCUUGCGUGUUGAGUGCUUGGUCCCGGCAUUGGGUGCUUGAUAGGCGGUGGCAGUGUUUGGGUCAUGGUGUUUUCUGA